AAAAAAAAUCGCUUUCAUUUCCCUCCCUAUCUUCACAGAUGGAACGCGAUUUGGAUAAAACUCAUCACAGCGGUUUUAUGAAUGAUUUGCUUGGCCGUUCAGAUAUCUCGGAAAAUGUGAAUGCUUUACAAAAAAUACGCGAACUCGAGGGCAUGGUGACACAGUCCGAGGAGAAAAUGCAUUCGUUACAAUCACAAGUCACGAAAUUAGAAGAAAUCAUAGCAAAACGUGAUGAGACAAUCAAGGAGUAUGAGGAAAAAGUAAAAGAGUUGGCCUUUCAAAAUGCUGAGCUGCUGGAAAUGAUGGAGAACAAAGAAAAAGAUAUGGCAAAUGUAGAGCCAAACGAGAGAAUCGCUUCUUUCGUGCCAUUAUUGGCAAACUACAGCGCAGCAAGAAUGAGUGUUUCACCAUCGAGAAGAAGGAGGUCUAUCAGCAAUAUGCGCACGAGUUCGACGAGAAGCCAGUCGAUUGUAACAAACAUUACGAAAUGAACUAUCGCGACAUGUUGAAGGCGCGCGGCGAUUUUCAAGGUGAAUAUUUGCUCAAACAGAAACUGUGCGUUAAUUACAGCAACACCAGCGCCAAGUACACAAAAGUAGAGAAGU